UUUUGUUUGAAUGGCAAUCUGAAAAAAAAAAAUUUUGAAAAUGUCAUUUAUUAUGAUUUUGCUUAUAUUUUCUACUCCUUUUGCCAUUGCGAGCCCAGUGAAAGUUCUUAAAUAUCAGAACUCUGUAAGGACCAUAGUAAAUGAUCUUAUUGACAAUUGGCAAUCGCCUAUUGUUUAUCUUAAAAGUCGUGGAUAUUUACCUAAAGAUAUGGACAGUGUUUCCGAAUUGGAUUUUGAAAAUAAGUUGCAAAAUAAUGUGCCUCAAGAAAUGUCUCAACCGAAGCAAAGUCUGGUGGACACAAAUGAGUAUCCAGCUCAAUCACACUCGAAACUGAAGAUCAAAUUUCACCAAAAAAGUAAACCAAAUGUAGAACUCAAGAAAACCGAACACGAACCAAGACAAGAAGUGGCUUUUCAUGAGUCUUCAGAUAAAACAGCAAAGAAGUUAAAAACUAAAUAUCAUCAUGAAGAUAAACCUAAUAUAGAACUCAAAGAAAUCGAAUUCGAACCAAAACAAGGAGCAUUGACCAUUGAUCAUUCAGAUAAAACAUCCAAGAAACUGAAAACAAAAUAUCAUCAUGAAGAUAAACCUAAUAUGGAACUCAAAGAAAUCGAAUACGAUGCGAAUAAAUUCAAACGUGCCAACCGGUCUUUCGAGGACAAAGAAUCAAUUGAGUUGAAGAACAUGUUUCAAACGCUCUUCUCUACCAAUGAUAAUACAAUUUCCGAUGAAAUAAAAACCAAAUUAAAUGUACCCUGGGAUAUGAAUGCUUUGAAAUUCUCAGCUCGCGAUGAGGCGAAUAAAUAUUUUGAGAAAUUCUGUAAUAAACGAAAUGAGAACGCGUUCAAUAAAGCAGCGGAAAGUGACUUAUCGCUUCAAGAGCAGGUGGCCCAAUUAUAUCCAUCAGUUCUAGAAUCGAAGAAUAUGCAUUGGGGUCGGAAAUAUAAUGAUCUAGAGGACAGCUCGCCAUAUAAGAAACCAGAUUACUUAACGAAUAUUGCCAAAAUGUUGAGUAGUCCCAAAAUACUAAAUGCGGGCAAAACAUCGUAUCCAUUUCAUAAACAGAAACUUUGGCAAAUGCAUUAUUAAAAAUUAUAUUACU